AUGCCGAACUUGCACAAGGACGUCAAGGCUGCAGUAGAAGCCACCCAACUCGGCGCGCCAGUCCACGAUCUCAUCUCCCGCUCUCAUCUCAUCAAGCAAGGAGCUGAAGGAAAAGUCUACAAAUCCACACUGCUCCCCUCGCCCGCUAUGAUCCGCUCAACGAGCGCCGCUGUCUCUGCCGAACCGACUCCCCCUCCUCCCGUGCCCAUCCUCCUCAAAUACCGCUUCCCGAAACGCUACCGACACCCUACCCUCGACGCGCAACUAACGCGACAGCGGUUAAUCUCCGAAGCGCGGGCGUUGGUGCGGUGCAUGAAGGCUGGAGUGACGGUUCCUGGCUUGCGGCUUGUGGAUGUCAAGCAGGGGUGUCUCGGGAUGGAGUGGAUCGAUGGCUGGAGCGUGCGGGAGAUCCUGGGAGGAGGGCAGGACGACGUUGCGGAGGACGCGGAGGAAGAGGUCAUUGCGGACGAGUCUCUCGGGUCUCCUGAAGAUGUCCUUCGAGAAGCGGGAAUCGACGAGGACUCGAUGCUGCGAGCCAUCGGCCGCGAGAUUGGCAAGAUGCACCUCGCGGACAUCAUCCACGGCGACCUGACGACCUCGAACAUGAUGGUCCGGCUCACAAACGCUCCACAACGCUUCGAGCUGGUCCUGAUCGACUUUGGCCUCUCCUCCACCUCCCCAAUGCACGAAGACCGCGCUGUCGACCUCUACGUCCUCGAGCGCGCGUUCUCCUCGACCCACCCCGUCCAGCCAGGCGGCAUCGCGCAUUUUGAGGUCGUCCUGGAGGGGUACCGCGAGGCGUUGCAGAGGGGCAAGAAGGGCGAGUGGGAGCGCGUUGAGAAGCGGUUGGAGGAGGUGCGUAUGCGUGGGAGGAAGCGGAGUAUGGUUGGGUAG